AUCGUGUCCCUCCGCGUCUCGCCUUUCUUCCUGUCCGCCUUCUCCCACUAGAACAAGACACGACACAUGAGUUAUCGAGGCGAUCGAGGACGAGGAGGUGACAGAGGUAGAGGCAGAGGCGAGUUCCGUGGUGGUGCUCCCCGCGGACGAGGUGAUGGGGGUGGUGGUGGUGGUGGUGGACGGGGUUACGACCGGGGCGGUGGCCCCCCGCGAGGACGAGGCGAGUUUAGAGGGGAGUACCGAGGCCGUGGUGGCGAUCGUGGCAGAGGCAGAGGUGGUCCUCCUCGUGAGCCGGCUGGCGUCUUCUCUCCGGGCACCACCGCGAACAUAGAUCAGCGCAUCGCAGACGACUCGGACAAGGCACUCAUCGCUGCGUUCAAAUCGCUCGCCAUCCGGGAGAGCGACGACGUCCCCUUGCGGCCGGGCUUCGGAACUGCCGGCACCCAGAUCAAGCUUCGCACCAACUUCUUCCCCGUGCGUGUGCCCAAAGGUCCUCUCUAUGAGUAUGAUGUCCAGAUCAGCCCCACCGCGGGGACUGCGAUCAAGCGAGUCAAGCGACGCAUCUUCGAGCUCGCUGAGCAGACACCCACGUGGCAGCAGGCGCAAAUGCGUGGAAGGGUGGCCCACGACAGUAGCGCCAAGCUCAUCUCUUCGUUCAAGCUCCCCGAACCACUCCAGGUCGCCGUGCCUUUCUACGACGAAGACGAAGAGGGCCCGCCCGCUGAAGGCGGGAAAACCUACACCCUGACGAUCAAGUAUAUUCAGGAUAUCGACACCACAAAUUUGACGAGCUACUUAAACGGAGAGCCCAACUACAAAAACUAUGAUAUACUGCCCGUUGUCACCGCUCUAAACAUCAUCUUGGCCGCUCACCCUCUACGGAACGGCGUCGUCGUGGGUCGCAACAAGUACUUCUUCCGCUCAGCAGCCCAGCCAUUCAGUCUCGGCGGGGGCUUGGAGGCAUGGAAAGGCUUUUAUUCAUCUGUUCGCCCAUCGCAUAAGCAGCUCAUGGUCAACGUCAACGUUUGCACAACGGCGUUCUACACUCCUGGUAAUCUCGCCGAAGCCAUGCUUAACUUCCAAAACUCCAGCUUCGGUGCUCGAAUGAGCGCGUUUGCCAAGGGCGUCCGAGUCAAGACACAACAUCUCGGAUAUCGCAAGACGGUCAAGGGGGUUGCUCAUCAGAAUGCCCGCCAGUAUCGCUUCAAUUGCGAUGAGAUGGGAGGACGUCAGGUUACGGUAGAGGAGUACUUCGCAUCACGAUACCAAAUCAAACUACAGUAUCCCGAGCUCCCCCUCGUUGAUGUUGGCGGAGGCAAGAAAAAGAACCUCCUCCCAGCCGAGGUUUGCGACAUCCUCCCCAACCAGGCGUUCCGUGGGAAGCUCACCGAGGAGCACACAGCAAACAUGAUCACCUUCGCGUGCCAGCCUCCCAAUGUCAACGCCACCGCCAUCACCACCAGGGGUCUGCCGGAGCUCGGCUUCUCAGGGCAGCAGACCGCACCCCUCCUGAACGCCUUCGGUGUCUCCAUCAGCGACCAAAUGGCCGUCGUGCCAGGCCGCAUCCUCCCCUCUCCGGCGCUACGCUACGCGGGGAACAACGCUCCGCAAGUCGACAACCGCGCCUCGUGGAACCUGCGCGGGGUCAAAUUUGCCGUCGGGGCGCGGCUCAACCAGCUCGCGGUGCUCGAGAUCAAGGACGGCAACAACCGGGACGAGUUCGCGGACCCGGACUCGCUCCACGAUGUCAUCUCGGGCUUCCAGCGCAUGUGCAUCACAUCCGGCGUUCAGAUCCAGAACCAGAAGUACACUCUCGCGCAGGCGCGCCUGCCGCGCAAGAACGCGGCGGAUCUGCUCAGGCGGGACGCGAUCAGCGUGAUCCGGACGACGGUGAUGGAGUCGUUCAAGCCCAAGCCGACGCUCAUCCUGGUCUUGCUCUCGAGCAGCGACCACGCGAUCUACGAUGGCAUCAAGCAUCUGUGCGACGUGUAUCUGGGCGUGGCGACCGUCUGCGUACACGCGGCGAAGAUCAAGAAGGGCCAGCCGCAGUACUAUGCGAACGUCGCCCUCAAGGUGAACAUGAAGCUCGGGGGCGUGAACCACAAGCUGGACGAUAGUGGUCCGACGAGCCGCUGGUUGAUGCAGCAGCCUACGAUGAUCGUUGGUAUGGAUGUCACGCAUCCUGGGCCCGGGAGCAUCAAGGGGACCCCUUCGAUCGCAGCUGUGGUAGCGAGCUGCGAUUCCAACUUUUCGCAGUACCCUGCCAGUCUCGAGAUCCAAGAAUCGCGAAAGGAGAUGAUAACUAACCUCAAGAACAUGAUGAUCGAGAGACUUGACCUGUUCAGGAAACGCAAUGGCAACAAACUCCCGCAGCGAAUCAUUGUCUACCGCGACGGUGUUGCCGAGGGUCAAUUCAACAUCGUCCGCCUGGAGGAGCUACCCGAGAUCAAGGCGGCCUUCCGCAAAUACGACCAGGCCAAGGCACCGUACAUGCCCAAGGUCUCCAUCAUCAUCUGCGGCAAACGCCAUCACACGCGGUUCUUCCCCACGCAGCCCAACGACGCCGCCCAGGACGGAAAUCCCAAGCCCGGCACAGUAGUCGAUCGCGGUGUUACUGCCAUCUACGAAUUCGACUUCUUCCUCCAGGCCCACGGAGGCCUCCAAGGCACGACCCGCCCAACGCACUACUACGUCGUGCACGACGAGAACAAGUUCGAGGCGGACAACCUGCAGGGCAUCACCAACGCGCUCUCGUACAUGUUCUCGCGCGCCACCAAGGCCGUCUCGCUCGUCUCGCCCGCGUACUACGCCGACAUCGCGUGCGAGCGCGGCAGGUGCUACCUCCGCAAGCUGCUCACCGGCUCCGCGGACGGCACGGCCACGGGCACCGGAUCGGGGUCCGCCGCGGCGGAGGCGAACGUUGCGCACGAGGCGGAGCAGCUCUGGCAUGGCGGAGUGAGGAACGAUGCGCUCAAGGACUCGAUGUUUUAUCUCUGAGGCUGCGUGGGUUAGUGGUUCACGUAUGUAAAGUAAAUUUAGUGUUAGGAUGGCUGGGAACCAUCGACUUUUGGAUCGGUUUUCAAGUUUUCGGGCCUUGAGGAGUAAAACUGACUCGAGGCCGUGCUUUGUAGUUUGCUUUCGAUUGUCGUUUAUACGAGCGGCGCUUGUGUAUAUCGCACCAUCAUGUAUAUGUACACGAGGAGGAACAAUCAGAACAUGUAAUUAUACACAUCACCUCGGGCGCUUGAUCUUGAUCGUACACAUACACCUUCGAGAGCUUCUAGAGGGAAACAACCUCCCUACACACCGAUACACACGCCAUUGACCAGCAUCAAUGCCAAUCAGCAAGCCUCGCCAUCGCAGCCUCAUAUUCCAUCUUCACACAUUCUUCUACCUUCCUUCCCCGCGGAACCACCCUACACCCAAAGCUCACAGGCCGUGAGUUAAACCCGUUGGUGUAGUCCCACGGAUCGGGCAGCAUCGGCUCCCCCGUGCGCUCGUCCGCGAGCGGAGAGAUCGUGAACCCCCACAGGACGCGCGCGACGUUGAUGAAGAGCGAGUUGAGGGAGAGGUGCAUGCCCGGGCAGAUGCGCCGGCCCCAGCCGAAGGGGAGAUCGAACGCGCCGGGCUCUGUGCGCGGGUGCGCGGUCGGGGCGAGGAAGCGCUCCGGGGAGAAGGUGUCGGGGGAGGGGAACAUGGCGGGGUCGUGCAUGAUUCCCCUAAGGCGUCGGGUGGGACGCGUGGAGAUGAGGGGUGCGCGUUAACGAGCUGACGGGUAUGAAGAUACGCGGGGACGGUGCUCACGCCAGGUUGGCGAAAACAGUCGACCCUUUUGGGAUGUGCAUCCCCUCGUAAUAGUCAUCCGCAGUGACCGCGUGAGGUGUCCCACCGAGGACGGCCACAGGACGCCAUCGUAACGCCUCAUUGACGAUGGCAUUAAUGUAUGGUAGGUUCUGCUUGUCGCUAAAGUCAGGCAUGCGGUCAGGGCCAACCACGGCGUCAAGCUCGGCUUGCGCCUUCUUCAUCACUUCAGGGAAGUGAAGCAUCGCGAGAAAGAACGUGCUCAAUGUCCCGGCGGUCGUCUCGAUACCAGCACCAAACGGCGACGACACCGCAUACGCGAUCUCCAGCUCAGACAUCCCGUUCUUAGGCAUCUCGUUGAUCGUCUGAGACGCGAGGCAGUCACGGAUGCUGCCGUCGGCAAUGCGGACCUUGACGUCGUCCAGAAGAUACAUGUAGAGCUUGAUGUCGCGCUGCCGCUGCACUUCGGGCUCUGCGCGGAACCAUUGUAGGCAUUUCGGAAGGUGGAGUAGCCAUGGCCAUGACUCGACGAUGUAUUUUCCCGGGAUGCUGAAGCUUGUCAAAUAGUCCAUGGCCUCGUUGUUCUCCUUGACAAUCCACUCGUCGAUGCUGUUCACUCGCCGUCCGUAUGACAUGGACACAACGACGCUUGCGGCGUAUCUUUGCAAGUGUCUCUCCCAAUGCUCAGGGUCCGUCAGGAGCUGAUACAUAGCCACCUUCGACUCAAGACUCUGGACCUCCUGGUACGUAUCGGCCUUGCGCGCAUGAAGACCCGAGUGAAGCACUUUUCGCCACCUCCGCCAGGCGUCAUUGUUGGGCAGCAUCAGGCCGCGUCGAUUAUCCGAGAGGAUUUCGCCCGCGACGACAAAACGCGGCCUGCUCGAGUAAAUAUCCGAGCGCUUCUCUAGUAGGUCCCAUGCUGCCUGCGCCGUGCCCAGGACUAUGACUGGGGUACGACCAAGGAAGAGAGAUACGACCGGACCGUACUCUCCGUUCCAUUCAGCGAACUUCCUCCAGGGUUUGACAGCAGGUAGCUGAUGUCUGUUGCCGAUCCAAGGGAGACCGACAGGGCCUGGAGGCAUGGAGCGUCUACGGAUGAAC